GUUCUCCUCCCCGACCCAGUCACUUACUACUGUCUCUGCAUGGCUUCCUCUGCAGCCUCAUUUGCUUUGUCCCUCCUGCUCGUUGCCGCCGCUCUACAGUGCUGCCACGGGCAAGGCGGCGCCGUGGCGGCGAUCUACAGCCUCGGCGACUCCAUCACGGACACGGGGAACCUGGUCAAGGAGGCGCCGCCGGGCGUCUUCGAGACCAUCAAGCACCUCCCCUACGGCCUCACCUUCGGCCGCCCCACCGGCCGAUGCUCCGACGGCCUCCUCAUGAUCGACUUCCUCGCUCAGGACACGGGCCUCCCGCUCCUCAACCCUUACCUGGCCAAGAACAGAAGCUUCGACCACGGCGCCAACUUUGCCGUCGCCGGAGCCACCGCCAUGGACCUCGCCGACCAGUUCAACGGGAGCUUCUCCAUGCCUUUCACCUCCAACUCCCUCAAGCUGCAGCUCAGGUGGUUCAAGGACUUCAUGAAGUCCACCUUCAACACCGACGAAGAGAUUCGCAAGAGGCUACAGUCCUCUCUGGUGUUGGUCGGGGAAAUAGGAGGAAACGACUACAACUUCGCCUUCUUCGGGAACAAGCCUGUCAGUGAGGUGGAGAAGCUAAUCCCAGCCGUGGUUCAGACCAUCAUCAAUGCCACCAAGCAAGUGCUGGACAUGGGCGCGAGCAGAGUCAUCAUCCCGGGCAACUUCCCCAUCGGCUGCCUCCCGAGCUACCUCACCGCCAUGGAAUCGCCGGAGCCGUCGGCCUACGACUCCAUGGGGUGCCUGAACGACCUCAACCUCCUCGCCGCCAAGCACAACGCGCAGCUCCAGCGAGCCGUCGCCGAUCUCCGGGCGUCAUACCCGGACGCGGCCAUCGCCUACGCCGACUACUUCAACUCCUUCCUCAGCCUCCUCAAGGGCGCCCCGGCACUCGGUUUCGACGAGGAUAGCACGCACAAGGCGUGCUGUGGCGCCGGCGGCAAGUACAACUACGACGAGAGGCGGGCGUGCGGCGUGGAGGGGGCGACGGUGUGUGCGGACCCGUCGGCGUACGUGAGCUGGGACGGCAUCCACAUGACCCAGGCGGCGUACAAGGCCAUGUCCAGGCUUAUCUACCAUGGGAGGUACCUUCGGCCUCAGAUACUCAGCUUCCCGGAGAAGAAUGGGCAGAGAUGAUAAACUGUUUGAUUCUCCCCUAGACUAGACGAUGGAAGCCUCACCGCAACAGUUUGAGCCUUCGACGAGUUCUUCCAUGGCUAUGCCGCCAUAUGCUACAUAUGCGCUCUGCACUAUGUAUCCAGAUUAAACUACUCCGAGCUAAAGUAAAAAAGUAAAGAUGCAGUUUAGCAUGUUGAGCAGGGUACACAGUUUACAAACAAAUUUACAUCUCUCAAGUAAAUUGAGAGGAUUUUACGUGUU